UUGAAACAUUAAUAUUAUGUCAAGUUAUUGCGUUUAAUAAACUUUGGUCAUCACUAACAAUAACUCAUCAUUAUCUAUACAUUUAUAGCUGGAAUUAAUAACUGGAGUACCAAGAGAUGUUCAAGUGGAGUGACUGUGCUUCAGAAACACCAAAGCUUCCAACGUUAACAAUACAUCUCGGCGAAUGCUCAUCUUUUCAACCCAAAAGCGUAAUGUUACAUUUCACUGUUCACGAUAACAAGUCAUUUAUCAUAAGAUUUAUAUUGAUUAAUUGUUUCUCAACUUUUUUCAUAGCUUUACUCUCGAUUCGAUUAUGAGAUACCAUAUUCAUGAUUUUUAUACUUCUCUGAUUUAAUUUAUCUCUAUAAACUCUUGCUAUUUAAUUUCCAUAAUGAAUCUGGAUGAAAUCUUAAUUUCAUGUACUGUCUCCUUUUAUUAAUUACAUGACAGAGUAAAUAUGGAAAAUAAUAAUAAAGUAUGAUGAACGAAGCUAGAUUUUUAAUUGUUAACAAAACUCAGAUAAUCGUCAAUUGUUAUCACAAUAAGCCUUUAAUAUCGAAGUCAAUGUUCAACUAUUAUUGAAAAAUACUAUUUUUAAAAUAGCAAUUGUACAGAAUUUAGUAUUUGCAUAUUUGUUUGAAAAGAGCGCUUCAACUCAGGUCGACACUGGUUUUCGUCCAAUAAUCUGCUUCUCUUUCAAGUCCAAACUUUAAGCUUUUUUUCCGUUUUGCUUAACCUCUCAGUUCCAACUAGACGCUUAAGUGUUCAGUAUUUCCUAGUUCAGACACAUAUUGAUAUCGAUACUUGUUAAAAUGGGAGAACAGCGCAACAAUUCUGAUAAAAUUAAAUUCAAAGUGAAGCAUUUGAAUGAAUAUCAUGACAUAGUCAUUGAUCCAAAUGAUGCCAGAUAUGAAUCCAAACACCAACAUCAACAAAUAUUUGAACAGCUGGAAUCAAUAACUGGAGUACCAAGUAUAUAUACAACUGGUGUUAUUAUAUUUAAACAGAAUCUCAUCAACCUCCCUCCCGAUGUUGACAAUCCUGUCUGGGUGGUAGCCUGGGUUUUUAACAACCAAAAAGCCUACGUCCCUGGUUCGCGUUCUCGAUACAAUGCGCUUCACGAUAUCUUCAGUCUAAAUAUUGAGGAUGGUCAGCGUUUUCAUGUAUCAUAUCAAGUCUCUUAUGAUUAUCGUGUUACCAAACGUUUAAGUAUGCGUUAUGUGCUAAGAAUGGAAAGCGACGUUCCUGAAGAUGGGUGCGGUCGAGGUGUAUGCCAAUAUCAAUGCACUGAGAAUUUCUUUAAAAGGUUGAAGGAUCUCGUUUGUAAUGAUGAAUUGAAUGCAAAAAUCACGGAGAUUAUCCAGCCACUAAGGGAAUCAGGAAUGUGGGCAGAUGCAGAUGCAGACAAGAAUUUCAGAGAGUUUAAUAUUAAACAAUAUUUUCAUGUUAAAUGUGAUGUGGAUGAAUUAGAGCUCAGACAGGCUGGUUACACAGGCCAAGUUGAUCUUUAUCUAAGAACUCGAGGUUAAAUAUCUGUAUUUAACGAAUGAAAUGAAUUUAAUUUUUAACUGUUUGCGCCCAAUAAUCUGCUUCUUUUCAAGUCCAAACUCUUUUCAAUUUCGAACGAAUCCCGAUGAAAUUUUCAUUUCUGUCACCUUUCAUUAAUUGUAUGAAAAUGUAUAAUCUGUAAUUCAGUAAUCUAUAAUGUGAUUCAUUUGACGAUAUAAAUAAAAAAGCGUUGUAACUUUCAA